UUCGGCGCUCGGCGGAGAACGAACGGAAAACGAACGAACGUGUGCGUGGUGCGGCGGCGGUCUGUACCCCCCUGGUCCGGACCUCUGAUCGGACCCCGAGUCGAGCCUGCAGCUCCGAGACACCUGCAGUCUCUUACGAAUCCUCGGAGGCGACUCGCGUGAGGAGGUCGGUGAUCGGGUCUACGGAUGCGCUUCGUGAAGGGAGAUAAGAACGAAAGAGAGUUUCGGGGGUGAGAGUGGUGUAAAAGUACGAGAGCGUGUGAAAGGGGGGCGAACGAAACGGGGAGAAACGUGCCUCCCUAGCUGGGUCGCGUGGCAUGAUCGGGCGAAAAGGUGAAAAGGCAAGAUGCUUACGAUACAGCGUUCGGAGUCGUUGAGAGGGGCAGAAGGCUGCAAUCCCCCCGGCACGCAUUUGCUACCCCCCGUUGGGUCCGGGGCUUCCGUCUCCGGGUGGAAGCCCGCCGAGAGAAGCGUCUCCUUCAAUCGAGACGUCCACGUGAAGAGGAUCGGUCGUGGUGCACCGCGCGUAACCGCGGCUCUCGUGAGCGAUGGAGAAGGUAGGUUGAUUGCCACCCCGAUUCGCAAGGAGAACAUCGCCGCGAGGAGCAAGGAGGAUCUCGCACAGGAAGCGGUUCUGGUCCUUCAACAAGCGGGCAGUCUUCACUGCGUGGCGCGCGACAACCGGCGCAAUCUGCCCGGUCGCUUCAGCACCCUCCCGGCGCGUCGUAACAAGAAACGCCCGGAGCUGCCGAUCGAUGUAAGGCCCCGCCGCGGCAGCGAGGAGAUCGGCGGCAGCGCCACGACCGCGAGUGCCGCGGAUCUCGGCACCCCGCGGGCCAAGAAGAAGCCGCUGCUAGAGAGAAGCGUCAGCGAUGCCGGCGCGAGGAAGCUGAAGAGCCCGCUCGCGCGCUUCUUCUCACCCAAAUUGGAAAGGCGGCGGCAGCCGGUUGGCCGGAGCGCGAGCGACGCCGGCACCUGGAACCGUAACCUGGGCACGCAGCGCAAGCGGAGCGGCAGCGAGAGCGAGGGCUCGCACCUCAGUACCGUCAGCCAGCGGGUGAAGAAACAGCUGUCACCAAUAAUCGAGGCGUCACCGCAGCACGUUGAUCAGCAACCGUUUCACUUUGACACCUCGACGUGCGCGGACCGGGAGAACAAUAAUCGGCCGAAGGCGAAAAAGCCCAAGAAAGGAAGAGAGGAGCGAGCGAGUCCGGCUAUCGAUGUCGACGACGUGAUAUCGACGCGAUAUCCCGAAACGAAAGAGACGAUUGAGGAGAAAACAACGAUCGAAACGUGCGUCGACGAGAUCGCGGAUAGAUCGCCCAGCCGAGAGGCCAAGGUGAUCGAGCAUCGCAUAUUUGUCGAGGGCAGGGACGACGAAGAGAAGAGGGAAAUCGCGGGUACCAGCCGUACUCCCUCACCUCUGAAGGAACGCAAGCGCGGGGAAGACGAGGUCGAUAAAGCGGGCGCGGAUAGUAUGCUACAUAGCAGCCGCUACGAUCUCCAGCAACGUAAUCAGCAAGAAUCUACCAUUCAUAAGAUGAUCCACCGACUGUCCAACGAUCGUUCGCCGCCACCGCAGCUGACCAGGACGAUGAUGUCACCGUCGCCGGGAUUCAGCCACAACAACAACCGGCCGUUCUCCUACACGAGACCGAAUGAAUCUUGCAGCCCGCCGCCGCCGGCGCAGACCAAUGUCAUCUACGCGCAGGUGCAGCCGGACAAGAAGAAGGCUCAGCGAAGCCAUUCCGACAGCGACGAAGGUCUUGGUCUCGACAGGAAGGACUCCUCGCGUGAGAAUAGUCCCGCGGAGAAGGAAUACCGCAGAACCGAGUACUCGUACAGUAGCGAUCUGCGUCGCAACAACGAGAUAAACGCCUUCAAGUCGAGAUAUGAGGAGGAUCGUAAGAACGGCGGCCUCUUCGGCAAACAUUUGGACAACUCGAAGGACUUUAUCUCUAGAACGAACGAGGACACGAAGCGUUACGAGUUCGACGAUAUCGAUAGACGUCUCUACGACAAGCCUGAGAAAUACACGUCGACCGUAUUCGUGGACACUUCCGGCCGCGGCAGGGCCGACGGUAUGGAUUCUAAGCGAAGGGACAGCGGCGAGCUGUCGUCGAGGCAGAACGAGAGCGGGAUCUCGCCCAAGACGUCCGAAUUGAGCGCGCGUCGGGAUCUACUGGAGUCCAGGAUCAAGUCCAGGUUGCUAGCCGACGAGAUGUUCGCUGCCAAGAACAGCGCCAACGUGCCAGUAAAGAAAUCGAGCGAGCAUGAGAUAAUCGACAAGCCGAUCGUGCCGUCACCAGUCACGCCGAAUCGUAUCGCGUCACCAAAACGAUACAUGGAUACGUACAUCACGGAGAAGCGUACCAAUAGCAAUGGCGAGAAAUACAUCUUCGAGAAGGAGAUACACGAGGAUAACGGCAAGGUUUACGGUUACGAGAAGAAGAUCACCAACAAGAUCCCGACGAACGGCUACCUCGACCCGAAACCAAAGGACGGCUAUACCGUGGAGACCAGGACGGACAAGUACGGCGACAAGUACAUCGUGGAGACGCGCACGCAUGAGGGUUACGCCGAUGACUUCCCCUUCCUCGGCGAUCGUAAUCGGAGCAGCCCGGAGGAGAGAUUCCAGGGCAUUAGGAACGGUGGCAGCUCCUACAAGCCGUCGCAUUAUCUACCUGAGAACGCCGACGCGACAACGAAUCACUUUUGCAGCGAAUCGCGAGAGAACGAGCUAUCGUCGCCGAUCAUCGCCAAGAAACUGAACGAGCGCAAAUUCUCGAAGAGCGACGAUUUCCUGGAUCGCGAGAAACGGCCGAUUGGACGCGUGCUGCCGAAGAAGAAACCGUUCGAGUCGAUCCGCGGCAUGAGCAAGUCGACGCAACGGUUAGACGAGGUCGCCGGGGAGAACGCCAGAGUGCGGGCGCUCAGAAGCGAGUACACCACGAGAUCGCACGAGAACCUGACCAGCCACGCGGGAUACGCGAACGCGAGACGACCGACCGCGUUGCUGGGCAGCCCGACGAUGAACGGACGCAGGACGAGGUCGCCGUUCGCGAAGCGUGGUCACCUGGACAGUUUGCGCGAGGGCCCGAACGACGACUAUGAUACCGACAUCUCGCAGAUGACCAGCAGCCAGCUGGAGUCCAAGUUUUACAAAGAGACGCGCACCACGCAGAGAUACACGAGCGGUGACAAACGUCCGAUCCACGACGAUUAUGACAGCUCGCCGCCGCGGAUACGUACCGAUCGCGGUGGCUACAAUUCCAGCCGAUACGACUCGGACACAACCGCCAGAGACUCGAUCCGCUGCGAGACGCGUUACGAUGAGACGUCGCGCACUCUGAGAAAGGAGCACCGCAACCUGGAUGAUGAUCCGAAGAAACCGCUGAGACGAUCGCGCAAUCGGCUCGAUUACUUUGACGAUUCCGACGAUCCCCGAGGGAAGGUGUCCUCGGUCAGUCGAUUGGAGACCUUCGACGAGAGUCCGACCAGACCACCCAGGACUUACCACGAGGGCAAAUCAAGGCACGCGAGGCAAGAGGCGCGUGGUCACAUCGAGCGCCGUCAUCGCGAGACUCGGCUGAGCGAUCCGGAUCGCAAGGAUCGACUGGCCGAUUCCGGGAUCGAGAACGAUUACAGGAGGGACUCGCAGGAGGCGGAUAGGCGCGAACAGCUCGAAUCCGAGGACGAGGGCUUCGUCAGCCGGCAGUUCAUCAAGCACGAACGACGGCAUACGGAUCGGAACAUGAAUUUGACGCCUACUUUCGAUCGACGCAAAUACGACAAGUACGGAAACGGCUCGUCGGGCGCGAAACCACCACUGGUCACCGCGAAGCCGCCCACCGGCGCCGCUGACAAGAAGUACGAGAAGAAGGUGGCGAAGAAAAGCGGCACCAUGAGCAAAGUCAAGCAGCUGUUCAGCAAGAAGGAGAAGAAGGCGAAGGAGGAGAAGGACAAGAAAAACGCGAGGAGCGGCAGCAGCGGCGCCUUGACCGACGACGAGGUGACGAUGAGGUAUCGAGAGUAUCGCGGCGAUCAGCUGAGAAGUGCCAAGAGCGCGCGGGAUUUGGGCAGCGACAUCAAUCAGAUUUUAUGUGCUUCUCUAAUGUCUUGA